AUGAUAUUCGUUCUAUUUCUAGCGUUCGCAGCUCUCGGCAUUGCUGCUCGAAAUGGAGGCCGCAGCUUACGGCUACCCAUAAGAAGCAGAGACUCAUCGACUUUGGAAACUCGGGAUGGCCAAGACUAUGGGAUUGAGCCACUGAAGGCCAAUGCUACUCAGAAGCAUUAUCUAAGUCCCUACACUGUUGAGCUCACUAUCGGCACACCGCCACAACACGUCUAUCCUGCUAUCGACCUCUUUGGCACCAGUGUUUGGGUGAACCCCGACUGCUUCGCGGCUUAUGACUACGAAGCCUGUUGUAAAAACGGGGAAUAUAAUUCAGCUGCUUCUUCCUCGGCAAUAUUGCAGGAUUGUAGCCAGUCAUGGAGUUUCGUCACCCCCUAUGGUGAAGCUGCAGGAUGUAAUGUCAUUGACAUCGUUCAAUUCGCCGGGGCCGAGCUAGGAUACAUUCUAUUUGGCGUAGCAAAUUCAAGUUGGAAACAGACGGCUGGUCGACUGGGUCUGGGAUUUGGCUGCGAUAGCGGAGACCAUACGUCAAUUUUAGAUCGUUUGAAGGCUCUAGACCUGAUUGCUACCCGCCAGUUCAGUAUAGCUCUCGGUAGCGCCAAUCCGAAUUCUGAGGAUUUGGACGAGUCUACAGAUGUGGAUGUUGGCUUAGGAGAGCUUCUCUUCUCAGGCAUCAACACGCGGAAAUAUACGGGUGAUCUCCGAAAACUACGUUCACAUCCAGCUCCCAAUGAUGAUCCAAGAUACUAUAUAACCCUAACUUCCAUAGGCUACUCAAAUCCGUCCAAUUGUGAAUCAUUCGACGGUUUCCCACCACCGCGCCAUGCCUUCUUGGACUACACCACCAUCUUCACUUAUUUUCCGUCUGAGUACAUCGACAUGCUCAAUGGAUUCUUCCCUUAUGUUUAUUACAAUAUAACUUCUGGGUUAUAUCAAGUACCAUGCUACCACCGAUCCCUAGCUGCCUCCGUAGACUUCUCCUUUGGCUCUCUUAUUAUCAGCGUCCCACUACAUGAUUUCAUCUUACAAGUGGAUGGGAUCUGUUUCCUAGGAGUACAGCAAAGCGUAACAGAUGAUGAAGUGAUUUUGGGCCAAAGUUUUCUUAGGGGCGCAUACACCGCGUUCGAUCUAGAUGAUGAAGCCAUGUAUAUGGCCCAAUAUGAGAAUUGUGGUGAUGAAGUCAUCGACUGGGAUGAGUCGGCGUCAGAGGAAGAUGGGCUGUGUGCCGGGAAGCCUACGACCUUUCCGGCCUCUUGUUAUGCAACUUCGACAACGAGCACUAGUUCUGCUUCUUCUUCUACUUCUACGUCGUGCUCGACGACUUCAACGUCAUCGUCAACGCACUCAACCACAAGACAUUCAACCAAGUCGACGACUCACUCAACUACUUCAACAAGUCAUUCUACAACUCACUAUCCUACUCGCACCUCGACCCAUUCCACAACCAGCUCGACUACGACUUCAAGAACGACCAGUUCAAAGACGACGAGCACCAGCAAGACUUCGACACAUUAUAGCACCCGAACAACAACCUCGUCUUCUAGCACACGCCAUUCGACAAAAACAACGUCUUCGAAGAAAACGAGUUACACCCGAUCCUCACUCUCCACCGGAACGGGAUACCCGACGACAAUAACGACAACAACAUCGACAUCCCCAUGGUCAUCAGGAUUAUCAUCAGGCGUCAGCGUCGGCUCAUCGACAUUCUGGACACCAGGUUACAGCACAGGGGUAUCAUGGAGUAACAUCUCAUUCACUGCCACGCCAGGGAGUACGUACAGGACUCCAACAGGACCUUCGUCGCCGUCGACCUUUGUCCCGACCACAGACUACGCUACCGAGACGUCGACAGUAACCUCCAUCCCAGCGUCGACAAGCCACCAGCACCGAUCGAGCACGAUCGGAAGCAGCACGCCUUCUAUCUCGAUAGAGGAUUCGGCUGAGCAGAAGACGGUCACGGUGACUGUGGGUGUGCUCACUUCUACCGUUUACAUGCCUAGUCCCAUUACAAUUCCCAUGAGCACAUGCGAUUGCACCGGGACGGUCAUGCGUGGGGGUGAGGGAGGGGGUGGUGGCGUGGAAGGAGGAGUUUGA